AUGACUUUCAAUCCAGAAUCUUAUAAAUACGAAUUUUAUACCGUUACUCAAAUCGAAGACGGAUUUGCUCAUGUUCAAUACACAAAUCCAAAAACAUUAAAUGCAUUCACUGAACAAAAUUGGAAAGAUUAUGGAGAAAUUUUUAGAAGAUUAGAUAAAGAAGAAGAUAUUCAAUUAAUUUUAUUUAGUUCAGGAGUUGAAAAAUCAUUUUCAUCAGGAUUAAAUUUAAAAACAGCUGCAAAUUUAUUUAAAUCAGAAACUAAUUCUACUGAAGAAGCAAUUAAAGAAUUACAUGAACAUAUAACUGGUUUUCAAUAUGAUAUUGGAACUCCUGCAAGAAUCUCAACUCCAACUAUUGGAAUUUUAAAUGGUUUAAAUCUUGGUUUAGCUCUUGAUAUAGCUGCUGCAUUUACAAUUAGAAUUGCUGUUGAAGGAGCUCAAUUUUCAAUUGCUGAAGUUAAUAUUGGUAUUACUGCUGAUAUUGGUUCAUUACAAAGAUUACCAGCUAUAAUCAAUAAUAAAUCAUUAUUAUUUCAACAUGCUUUAAUGGGUGAUAAAUGGGGUACUGAUGAAGCUAUGAAAUUGGGAUUUGUUAGUACUGUUGUUCCAACUAUUGAAGAAGGUAUUGAAUAUGCUAAAACACUUGGUGAAAAAAUUUGUAGUGUUCCUGCUUGGGCUAUUAAAGGUACUAAGAAACAUAUUCAAGAUAUUAUUAAUGGUACUACUGUUGAACAAGGUUUGAAGGAUGUUGCCAACUGGAAUGCAAAGAAUAUCACUUUAAGUAGAGGUAAGUUAUAA